AUGGUACACCGGAGUGGUACACUCCGGGAACGUCUACAUUCCUACACUAAACGAACUCUGGGAGCAGGUGGGAGCAUAAACGAAGCGGUAUCCUUACCUGCCGGCGAAUCUUGCGCAGCGUGGGUCGCUGUGCACGCCAUUGACUUUUAUAACGACGUAAGCACCAUUUGGGCCGUCAUGUCGACGGACCCAUACCUCAAGAGCUUUCGUCCGGGCGAAGGUUUUCCUUCCGGAGUCGAAUACCGGUGGGCGGACGGCGGAGCCGAAGCGGUUUCCGUGUCCGCACCGAUAUACAUAGACAAGGUCUUGAGCUGGAUUGCGGAUCAAAUGAACAACGCCACCAAGUUUCCCGAUGACGAUGACGAAGAGAAAGCGCUAACGGUUUUCCAAACACCACAGUUUGCCUCACUGUGCGGACAAAUCUUCCGCCGACUUUUCCGGGUCUACGGAAUUAUCUACUCUUCCUUCUUUGGUACACUGGAAGCACUGGAAAUGGCACCGCAUCUGAAUUCUUGUUUCAAACACUUCAUGUUCUUCUGUACCGAAUUUGGACUCUUGCCGGAACGCGAGAUCGAGCCCUUGGAGGUGCUUGUAAAGCCCAUCCGCAAGCAAUACUACUCCGCCAAACAAGGAAUAACUGCUUGACGGAUUACUGUAACAAUUGUGGCACUGUCACGUCAACAACCACGGAUAAAUUGCAUUUUCCUUAACCAAUUUAAACAAUUGCGUACAAGGCAU